GUCAGUUUAUUCUCAGUGUUGUUGACCUUCGGUUGGUAGACUGGAGCUCGUAGUUACUUAAUUCUGUUUCUGAGAUAUUAAAAAAUUCAACUCUUAAUUUUUGUUUUGUAGAACACGUUAUCAUGACAUACAGUUUGUUUGGUACCCCGAAGAUGAUUGUGCCGUACGAGUGGAACUUUGAGUGUGUAGAGGAAGAACCGAAGACAAUUGCUUCGAAAAUGAUUCUGUUUCGUGGCGAAAAAGUAUUCCGUGUGGGAUUGAAGAAUCACGUCCAAUAUCCCAUUUUGUUUUUCAUGGCAAUCAAUCUCAGAAAAAUCGGGAUGAAAGUGGAAGACGUAAAAUACGGCUAUAAAAAUGUAGAUACGAUCACAAAAAUGACAAAACAGGAUCUCGGUGAUGAAGGAAAUCUACAGUUAUUCACCAUGACAUUUCCUAAAAAGUUCCUUCAUACUCGCACAUUUGUUUUUCAAAUUUGCAUCGUAGGGGCUGAUCCCGGCUAUUCCUAUCAACUGUGCGAUCGUCUGGCCAAGUCUCAAUUGUGGGCUGCUGUAAAAGAUCAAAAACAUGUAGCGGACUUGGUAUUCAUCGUGAAAGACAAAACAUUUCCUGCUCACAAAUCAAUCCUUGCUGCCCGCAGUCGAGUGUUUGCAGACGAAUUCGAGAGGAUUCAACUAGACGUUCCUCAUCAGAUCCGGAUCGAUGGAGCGGAACCUUCAACUGUGUUGAAUUUUCUUCACUUUGUCUACACGGGAGAGCCAAUGGGAACCUUGGCCGAUGAAGAAUUGCUGAAAUUAGCUUAUCACUAUCAGCUUACAAUUCUGGCUAAUUUGUGCUAUCACGCUCUGGAGAAAAUAGAUGCCAUGCAAAUGGCUGUCCUCAGGAAACGUUUAAAUAGCAAUACUGGAGAACUUUCUUCUUCCAAAAUCAUGCCGGAAGAAGAAACGGAAAUAAUGUUUGAUCGAACGACGCCAACCUUUCGUUGCCCUUGGCUAUUGAAAAGAUCUGAAAACGGACAAUCCGAAAGUGUGAUGCAAUAUCUAAAUGAGAACAUUUUUAUCGCUUACUUCACUGAAGUAAAAGAACGUGAAUCGCAAUCUAAACAAGACGAUAUUAGCACACCUGUGAUUCAUUUAACAUGCGUCAAGCAUCGAAGAUUCGGUUUGAAAGUUGUGGGUGCCUACUGCGGCAUGCAGGGAUCGGCCACGAGGGGAUACAAACAAUGGUUAAAAAUGGAACCGAAAUAUCACCAGGAAAAUGCAGAACUACUACACUUCACCGAACAAGCUUUAUUGGAUCUCAGUAAUGCAAAUCUCCAAUUCCGAGUCUACUUUGAAAUCAAAACGUUCAGCACCAUCGGCAAUUAUUACUACGAGAUGAUGGACGACAAAUGGCCGACAGAUUUAUGGCUGGCAGCAACUAACCGGAAGUUGACGGAUGUCGAAAUCUUCGUCGGAACUGUUAAGGUGAUGGAAGCUCACCAGAUUAUUCUAUGCGCCCGGAGUCCAGUCCUGAAUGCAUCUUUAAAUAACAACAGCAGCGGAACGAAAUCUGAAGUUUACUUUCAGGAGGAAUUUGGUGUCGGGGUUGUGAAACAUUUCUUGAAUUUCCUCUACACCGGAUCUUUAAAGUCGACUGACAGCGUUCAUCAUCAUCAGCUUAGUAAAUUGGCGACAAUUUACCAAGUGGAGACUUUGACAAAUGUGUGUCAACUACUCAAUCGCGCACCAGAUGUAGAAGAACUGAGCGACUGUCUUAUUCAGCUAGAACCACCGGGUGAGUUGCCGUAAUUCUUUAAAACAAAAUGUUAUGCAACAUUUGUUGGUGUCGUUUAAAUACAGAAGUUCAUGUCAAA